AUGGCGCCCGUCGACAAGAUCACCGACAAGAUUGCCGCCCUCCCGGCGGACGGCAAUUACUUCUCCCUCGAGUUCUUCCCGCCCAAGACCGAGACGGGCUUCAACAACCUGCGCGACCGCCUGUACCGCAUGGAGCGUGCCCUGCGCCCACUCUUCGUCAACGUCACCUGGGGCGCUGGUGGCUCCACGGCCGACAAGUCGCUCGAGCUCGCCGAGAUGUGCCAGAAGGAGAUUGGCAUCACUACCUGCCUGCACCUGACCUGCACCAACAUGAGCCGCCGACUCGUGGACAAGGCUCUCGCGGACGCCAAGAAGGCUGGGAUACGCAACAUCCUGGCCCUGCGAGGCGACCCGCCCCGGGACGACGAGUACCGCAUCGACGGCGACGAGGUCGACGAGGAGGGCGACAAGCUCGUCUGGGCGCAGGACCUGGUCGCGUACAUCCGCAAAAAGUACGACGACUACUUCUGCAUCGGUGUCGCCGCCUACCCAGAGGGCCACUCGGACGAGAGCCACCCCGUACACCAGAGCUUGGAACAUGAUCUGCCGUACCUGGUGGACAAGGUCAUGGCGGGCGCCGACUUCAUCAUGACGCAGCUCUUCUUCGACCUCGAGGCGUACGACAAGUUCGAGCGGACGCUGCGCGACCACCCGAGCGGCACCUUCAAGACGAUGCCCAUUAUCCCUGGACUGAUGCCCAUUCAGGGAUUCCAGAUGAUUCGCCGGAUCAUGAAACUCAGCCACGCCAAGAUGCCCGAGGACUACAACGCGCGCCUCGUGGCCGUCAAGGGGGACGAUGAAAAGGUCAAGAUGGCCGGCGUCGACAUUCUCAGCGAGAUGGUGGAGACCAUUCGCGAGAUCAAGAGUCGGACACCGGGGCCCAAGGGCUUCCACUUUUACACGCUCAACCUCGAAAAGGCCGUGUCCUUCAUCAUCGAGAGGACGAACCUGAUCGGCGCGACCCCCGAUGGCGAGGAGGCCAUUGUCGACGACGCGUCCCUACCCAUCCCCGCGGUCCAAAUCAACGGCGACGCCGCCGCCAUGCGUCGCCGCGCCAGCCGGUCGCGGAGUAGCAGGAGGACAUCCUCCGCGGGCGCGGACCCCCACAACAGAGUCAUCAUCAGCGACGGCGAGAGGCGACCGUCGAAUCCCAGCUGGGAGGUCAGCGGGCAGGAGGCCGGCAUCCGCGCCGAGCCGGUCAACACCCGCGCCAACACGCUGGCCAUCUCCGAGGGCGAGGGUGUGCUCGGCAGGGAGGCCACGUGGGACGACUUCCCCAACGGUCGCUUCGGCGACGCCCGCUCCCCCGCCUAUGGUGAGAUUGACGGCUACGGCGUCAGCCUGCACAUGUCGCCCGCGGCGGCCAUGAGGCUCUGGGGCCAGCCCACGUCUGUCCAGGACGUCAACGAGCUGUUUGUCCAGCAUAUCCGGGGUGAGCUGGCCGCCACCCCCUGGAGUGAGGAGGAGCUGCUGCCAGAGAGCUCGGCCAUCACACCCCAUCUCCUGCAGCUCAACUCCAAGGGCUGGUUGACGGUCGCAUCGCAGCCGGCCGUCAACGGCCUGCGGUCGUCGGACGCGACCUUUGGAUGGGGCCCGUCCAACGGUUUCGUCUUCCAAAAGGCAUUUGUCGAGUUUUUCCUGUCGUCGGCCGACUGGCAGGUUCUCGAGGGCCGCCUGCGAGCCGCCCUGCCCGAGGUGUGCUUCUACGCCGCCAACGCCAAGGGCGACGUCGUGUCCUCCCACCCCAUCAGCGGCGGUGGCGCGAGCGGCGUGGAAGGUGUGCCCACCACCGACAACACGAAUGCGGUGACGUGGGGUGUCUUUCCCGGCAAGGAGAUAGUCACGCCGACCAUUAUUGAGGAGGUGUCCUUCCGGGCGUGGAGCGAAGAGGCCUUUGGCAUCUGGGCCGAGUGGGCCAAGGUCUACGGCCGGGGCUCGGCGAGCGAGAAGUUCUUAAGCAGCAUGAGGGAUGAUUACUGGCUGGUCAACGUGAUACACCACGAAUAUGUGGAAGGUGACGCGUUGUGGAAGCUCCUCAACGGCUGA